UAAGAUUAUAAGCCCAAGAAGGGAUGACAAAAACAAAAAUGGAUUGCUGUCAAGUUUAGAAGACGGAGAGGUGCUUCCCCCUGUGUAUCACAACAAGAGGCUUAUUGUGUCAGGCAGAGCAAGGAAGAUUUCCAGGGCAACUUGUCGUAUCUUUGUGUACCCCAAUGGUAAAUUCAGCGAGGAAAGUAAUGUGCUGCUCCAGAUGAGCAAUCUGCCGACUAUGGGCAGAGUACUAGAUGCGCUGGCGGAGCAUGUCCGCCUCUCGACAGCAGCAGCCAUCAGGCAUCUGUAUGCUGUGGACACGUACGAGGAGAUAAAAGAUCCCCGCAUGCUGGAAAACGGGCAGAAAUACGUGGCUGUGGGAGUUGAGAAGGUCGUAAAACACGGGAAUUAUGGACAAAGACCGCCUCCUUUGAACCUGUCGACUAAAGUAGAGAACACCAAACACCAAAAGCUACCCCCAAUCAAAGCCAGAUACAAAAAAGAUGGCAUGAAUUCCACGAGCGGCUCAGAAGAUGGCAAGAAGAGCGAGGACGAGUAUCGUACCAGACACAAACAAAAGAAAGAAAGGAAAGAGAAAGAGAACGAGGCAGCCAUUCCAACAAAGCCAGUUUCCCACAAGAGGGCAGCAAAAGACAAGAAGAGCAAGAAUGGAUCUGUCACAUUCAACCCAGAGACUGGAAUGCUUAGGUUCUACAUCCGUGGCCGGCCCAUCUCACUGCAUGCUCCCACAAACUGUGACAACUACGAGCUGGAUCAGGUGCUUCCUGCACCAGAGGAGACCUUGAAACUGGAGUGGGUGUAUGGCUAUCGCGGCAAAGACUGCAGGUCUAACAUGUUUUACCUGCCAUCGGGAGAGCUGGUAUACCACAUGGCGGCAGUGGCCGUACUGUACAAUGUCCAGACCAAGACCCAGCGCCACUACCUGGACCACACUGAUGAUAUCAAGUGUCUUGCUGUCCAUCCUGACCAAGUGACCAUAGUGACAGGCCAGGUGGAGGGACACGCUGAGAAGCAGGGUCAGCCGCAUGUCCGAAUCUGGAGCUCGGACACUCUGGAGACACUACAUGUGAUUGGACUGAAGGACUUUGAGAUCGCCGUUGCCUGUGUGGCGUUUUCGAGAUUUGAUGGCGGUGAGCUGCUGGCUGCAUUUGAUGAUGACAACGACCACACCCUGCUGCUUUAUGAUUGGAAGAAUGAGAAGAAGCUCCUGCAGCAAAAGAGUUGUCCUGAUCCUAUCUGUGAAGUGGAGUUCCACCCCAUGGAGAACACUGUGGUGGCCUGCGGCAAGCAGCAGGUGCUCUUCUUUGAGAUAGAAGACGGACAGGCAGACAAGAAAAUGGGACUCUUUGAGGAUAAUGAGCGCCCUGCAUUUGUUGUCUGCCUGACUUUUGCGGAGAAUGGAGAUGUUGUCACUGGAGACACAGAAGGGAAUAUUUUUGUCUGGUCUAAAGAUGACAGAAAAGUUAUCAAGGCUAUACAUGAUGCCCACGAGGGGCCAGUGUUUGGUCUGGCGCGUCUCCCAGAUGGUUCUUUUGUCUCUGGAGGUGGGAGAGAUGGCAAGAUAUGGCAAUGGGACGCGGAGUACAACAAGCAGGACUUGGAAAUACAGGUUCCAGAAGAUUUCGGUCCAGUCAGGAUGUUGGAGCCAGGGCCCGAAGGUUCCAUUUUCAUUGGUACCACAGAGAACGCCAUUGUCCACGGUACCCUGGGUCAGUUGGCCAAGUUUGACCCUCUUACACAGGGCCACUCUGAUGAGCUGUGGGGCAUAGCUGUCCAUCCUCACAACGGGCAAAUCCUGACAUGCGCCUACGACAAGCACGUGUACAUGUGGGAUCCACAGACUCAUGCACUCCUCUGGAGCAAGCAGCUACAGGAGGAGGCCCACAGUGCCUGUAUCCACCCUGAUGGCGAGGUGGCGGUCAUCGGGACCAGGGAUGCCAAAUGGCUGGUCCUGGACCUGCUGCAGAAUGGACAGGUCAUCUUUGAAGACACGGACGGCAAGGAGCAGAUAGAAUGUGUGGAGUUCUCUCCUGAUGGUUCCCGCCUUGCUGUAGGCUCCAGAGACAACUCGGUGUACCUGUACAAUGUUACUGACAGUGGACACCAGUUUGAUAGAAUUGGAAGAUGCACGGGUCACAGUAGCUAUAUCACUCACUUGGACUGGUCAAUGGAUGGACAGUACAUACAGACCAACUCUGGAGAUUAUGAACUUCUAUACUGUAAGUACUGGAAUAAAAAUGUCCACAUAUUCCUUAAAAAGACCCCACUCUCCCUUUGAAAUUGUACAAAAUGUGACUAAGUGAAUGAUUGAAUAAUUAAACAGAUGAUUUGAUGAAUGAAUAGAUAAAUGAAUGAGACAUAAUGUUCUUAAAUUUUGAAGACCGUCGAAUUCUUAAUGAUGACAUUUGGCUGUUUAAGGUAAAAACAUCUGGUCAGAUUAAAAACUAAGUUAUAAAAUUGCAUAAAACAUUGUAACCCAAGUGCGAGGCAUUUUU